AUGUCUUGGGAAUUGAAGCGCGUCAGUACGCGCCAGACUUCGAUGGCUGCCACGGCGCUCCCUCUGGAACUGCAGCAGCAAGUGUUCUCUUACCUCGAUACGAAGUCGUUCUACAUGGCGCGGAAGGUCUGCAAGUACUGGCACUACGCGUCGACAGAUGCCGUGCCUUUGGCAAAACAACUAAGAAGGCUACCUAUCCUCCCUCCAGUCGAUGCGGCCGAAUCGAAUCCAGCCGAGCUCGAAGCGCUUUUCGACGAAGCGGCGCGAUCACUUAUGCUGGGAGUAUCCACGGAUCGCGCGUUCGACAAACCAGGGUGUCUUACACGAGCGUCGAAGAUGGGAUUCCCAAUCACACCACGAGUAACGGCGACGAGCAAUGGGAGCAAGACGGUGACGUUGAACGAUCGGAUGAUUGCGUUGUUCGACACUUCCGGGAAAGAGCCAGUCUGCCUCGCCCAGCGAGCGUUGAACGAUCUAAAGGAGACUGUGGGAAAUGGCCCUUGGCUGCAGAUCAAGCCCAAUAGCUAUAAUGAGCUCGCCCUUUCUUCAGACGGCAGUCUACUCGCAAUCGCACAAGAACGAACGAUUCAGAUCUACGACCUCCUAGCCGAACCGGACAGCUUUACUGUGAAUGAGUACGUUUCUAGCGCCACGGGACACUACAUCUGCGGCAUCGAUUUCGAACAAGACGAUCACGUCCUGCGUGUGAGAUUGAGUGGGAAAAGUGCUGUGCUAUAUCUGGGUACGCCGGCUGGCGAGGAGAAGCAAGGCCAAAAGGCGACAUUGGAGCAUUGGAAGAGCAAGGCGGGAUUGAAACAUACCUUCUUGGACUCGUCUCUGCUCUCGAUCCAAGGAAAGACCAACGAGGCGGACCAAAUGGCUCGCGUAUCUGGCCUCCAAUUACUGCAGCCAUUCGUGGAUGGAUACCUGUUCGGUGCACAACGACAUGGCGGCGGAGAGAGCAGUUACUACAUCCUGGGGCAUGUCAAGACAAGUGUCCCUCACAACACCGCAACCCUUGCUGUCGAAUCGGCCAAUGUAACAGUCCUGGCACGACUGGAGAGCUUCCUCAGCAGCUGGGACUUUACCCUAGAAGCAUUGUCCGAACGAGGGAUCGGUCUCUGGGAGAACAUGCCCAGCGCCCACGAGCACCAUCCACGAUUCGCCAUGAGCCCCGAAGGCAGCUAUCUAGCACUGGCCGAGCGCGACAAGAAGAGAAUCCGCCCAGCGCCCUUGACUCAGCUUUUCAUCUACCGCAUUCCCACCACGCAAGAACUCCGCGCAACCCUGACGAGCCACGAGGCUGAAAGGAAGGGUCGAUGGACGACGCUAGCCGGCUUCCUCGACAAGUUGGAAAGCCAGAAGGGGGAAUCAGAGCGACCUGCGCAAUCGUCGUCUUUGGCGUCUGGCACCACCAGCAAGUACACCGUCCCACGCGUGCCUCUCUGCCUGAGCACGUUGCAGGGUGACAUCACGGACCUGGCAUUCAGCCGCGUCGACGAGGAGAGCACAUUCUCCAUCAGUGCCGGCACGGUGGAGACGACACGGACGUGGCUCCUGCAGGAUUUGUGA